UUUCUUAUAUAAAAAGUCAGAAAUUUGGAUGUAUGGAAGUGUGGCCUUAUAAUAAGUGGCUUUGAUUAGACUGAGUGGAAGGAACAGUAAAAAUAUACAUGAUUAACUUACAUUUUGAGUUUAAAUUAAUUAUGAUUAUUUAUAUUUUAUAGUCACCCAUGCCCUGGUCACCUCCCAUUUGGGUUAUUGUAAUUUACUCUACAUGGAUCUGCCUUUGAAGAGCAUCCAGAUGCUUCAGUUGGCUCAAAAUGAAGCAGCCACAUAGUGAAAGCUGCACUGGUUGCCAAUUUGCUUCUGGGUACAAUUCAAGGAUGAGAAAUAUAUUCAUAUUGAUGAAAGUGAAAUGAAUAAAGUAGAAAAGUGUAUCAAUGACACAACAGAAUGGCUAAACAACAUUAUAAAUAUCCAAGCUAAACAAAAUCUUGAUCAGGAUCCUGCUGUGCGUGUAAAUGAAAUCAGAAGAAAACUGAGGGAAAUACAUGGUUUAUGUGACCCCAUUGUUAACCAACCAAAGCCACAAAUAGAUUCUCCUAAACAGGAAGCGCCACCAGAUGCAUCUUUGAUCAACAAAACUGAAGAAUUAGAAGAAGAAAUCAAAAACAUUGAGACCACGCAACAGAAUGGUGAUUGCCAUAUGAAUGAAAGCCCAGUUAGCAUGGACUUGGACUAGCUUAUUGCAUUUCAGCGGGAAAUUUCAUUGUGGUAACAUGUAUUAUGUGAUAUUAGGGAACAUAUGUUUGGGGAGUUAUUUAUAUUUUGGAAUUCUGUUGUAUUAUGUGGAGAAUGAAUAUAUUUACAAGCUAGAAGUUGAAAUCAUGAUCAUUUUAAAAGGAAAAUUGCCUUGGUAACUUUCAGAUUCCUGUGGAAUUGUGAACACUGACUAAAAUCUUCUGUGCAGGAAUUUAACCCUUUGUAUCAAUUAAGGCUAAAGUAUCUUGAAAUUGUUGCAAAAGGCACAGCUCCUUUGAAAUGAGUGCACUUAGACCUUUUGUAGAUGCCAAGGUAGUUUUUCUUUUUGUUUCCAAUUUUGUUAUGUUUCUUCCAUUGAAAAGGCAUUCGGUCAAAAAACAAAAUGAAAGCCAAGCUUUAAAAAGUUAUUUCUAUCAUUGUCGGAAACAUUUGCUUAGAAGAUGAGGACAAGUAUGUGAAGCAGCAUGCACAAUUGCUUACAUUUCACUUUCGUGUGUGGAAAACCAAAUGAAGGUAUAAUACAUGGGUUUUGUUGUUGGUUCCUGUGAUGCCUUUAGUGAGCUUUAAUAAAGUUCAUGAAAAUGGUUACAAUUCUUAAAA